UCUCACAAACUGCGAAACCCUAAUCCUCAAAAAAAGAAAAAUCCGAAUUCCCCUCCUGCGGCGAAAAUGAAAUGCAACCCACGAGUCUCCUCCUCCCGCCGCAAGAGCCGCAAGGCUCACUUCACGGCGCCUUCCAGCGUCCGCCGCGUGCUGAUGAGCGCGCCCCUCUCUGGCGACCUCCGCUCCAAGUACAACUCGCGGUCGAUGCCGGUGCGCAAGGACGACGAGGUGCAGGUGGUCCGCGGCACCUACAAGGGGCGCGAGGGCAAGGUGGUGCAGGUGUACCGUAAGAAGUGGGUGAUCCACAUCGAGCGCAUCACGCGCGAGAAGGUGAACGGAUCCACCGUCAAUGUUGGAAUCCACCCCUCCAAGGUCGUCAUCACCAAGCUCCGUCUCGACAAGGACCGCAAGUCGCUCCUCGAUCGGAAGGCUAAGGGACGCGCUGUUGCUGACAAGGAUAAGGGCACCAAGUUCACGGCCGAGGACAUUAUGCAGACCAUCGAUUGAUAGGUUUCUGUUUAUUUUAAGCGUUUUGGUUUAAUUUUGUUUGUUUUUGUUAAACACAGAGCAGUCGAACUACGGAUGGUUGCUUUAUUCUCUCAUUGCUGUUUUAAUACAAUGCUCAUAGUGUUUCCUGGGUUUUUA